UCCGGUUGCUGGCCGCCCGGAGCGGGGCCGGGCCCUGUGGCAGCCCCCGGGCCGCUUCCCCCCGCCGGUGGGGCAGGCCCGGGCCGCCCUGCUCGGGGCCUGGCCGAGGGGACCGGGGGCGGCGGGGCUGGGCCCUCUGCGAGGCGGUGGCAAUUUCCAUAAUAACUUUAACAAGGUUUCAGUUUAGUCUGGGGUGAAACUUUUGCCUUUUUUUAAACUCUCAGGGUGUAGUCAGAGCAGAGUCAGGGUGGUAGGAAGGAGCUUGGGAGCCCUGAAUAUCCUGGAGCCAGGCGGUGGUCAGGGUGUUUCUGGUUCUUCACUUGUGUUCGGCCCAGCGUGUUCCUGCAUGAGGCCCCUGCGUUGUCAGUGUAAUAGAAAUUGCUGUUAUCAGGUGAAAUAGGUGAUGCCUUGAGAAAGGAAUCACACAUUACCAACACCUGCUGAUUAGAAUGGAUGGUGCUUUUGUGGUCCUAGCAAGUUAAAGAAGGCAGAAGGGGAAGCAAGAUAUGGGAGGAAUCUCCAGUGGGGGAGAAAAGAGCGUGCUCAAAUCCCAGAGUCUACUGCAGCAAGAAAGAACCGCCAGCAGAAACUCCUUGGCAAGUCGUAUUGCUUCAGGCUACAGCAGGCUACGAAGGCCAUCAGAGUAAAGAGCGGGAUGUCGGAGCUGAGUGAUGAAGCCAGCGAGUCGGAGCUGCUGAGCCGCAGUCUCUCCAUGUGGCAUGGGGUCGGACAGAUGAUCUGUCGGGAAGAACUGGAUGUUCCUCUGGACUUGCACACGGCCUCCUCCAUCGGCCAGUAUGAAGUGGUGCAGGAGUGUAUCCAGCGUGGAGAUCUGGAUUUGAAUAAGAGGAACUGUGGUGGCUGGACUCCACUGAUGUAUGCUUCCUACAUUGGCCACGACACCAUUGUGCACCUGCUGCUGGAAGCAGGAGUGAAUGUGAACAUCCCGACGCCAGAAGGACAGACACCGCUCAUGCUGGCCUCCAGCUGUGGAAAUGAAAGUGUUGCUUACUUCCUCCUCCAGCAAGGCGCAGAGCUGGAGAUGAAAGAUAUUCACGGCUGGACAGCCUUAUUUCACUGCACCAGUGCUGGACAUCAGCAGAUGGUCAAGUUCUUACUCGACAACGGGGCAAACGCCAACUGCAAGGAGCCUGUGUAUGGAUAUACGCCUCUGAUGGAAGCAGCUGCUUCUGGCCAUGAGAUAAUUGUUCAAUAUCUUCUCAAUCAUGGAGUGAAAGCAGAUGUCAGAGAUAACACUGGAGCCACGGCACGGACACUGGCUAUGAAGUAUGGACAUACGAAGAUUGUGGGGUUGAUAGACUUGCAUGCAGCCCCAGUACCCAAGGUCUUCUGCAGGGGUCCAGGAAAAUAUGAAGAGCUGAGUUCUUCAGAUGAAUCGUGUUCUGCUCCCCAGAGACAGAGACCUGUUCGUAGGACCAAGGGUCCCAGCAUCCAUGAUGGGCCCCAGGCUUUGGCUAAGAUAACAGCAGUUGGAAUCGGGGGAAAGAAGCAGUCUCGCUAUGAGCAGGUCCCUCCUCAGGGCUAUGUUACCUUCAAUGAUGAUGGCAGCUGUGAAGCGGAUGGUAUCCGGAACCGGGAUGUCACCUCUCCAAUUAAUGAGCAGGAUGUGGAGAGCAGCAGCAGCAGGGAGGAUAAUGUUUUCUUCACCAACAACUUAGCAACUAUCAGGAGCAGCAGCAGCAGUAGUGAAUGCCUGACCAAAGCCCUGGGGGUCAGCAGUGAAGGCUCCUUGGAAAGUAAUGAGGAUUCCGACCACGCAAACAGUCCUCCAAGUCGGAAACAAGCCAAAAGCUUUAAGGUCAAGAAUCGCUACAGCAACAGUGAUAACCAGUGGACCCACUGCCCAGGGAAAGCUGGAGGCUCUAGUCAGCACCUCAUGCUUCCAGAGCCCCCUGCCUAUACAGGACCCCAGGACCUGGCAACGUUCCUUGAGCAGAUUGGGUGCCUGAAGUACCUGCAAGUGUUUGAGGAGCAAGAUGUUGACCUCAGGAUCUUCCUGACCCUCACAGAGAGUGACCUGAAGGAAAUAGGCAUCACCCUGUUUGGACCCAAGAGGAAGAUGACUUCUGCAAUUGCCCGAUGGCACAGCAAUGCCCGGCCGCCCAGUGAUGCCCUGGAGCUGGCCUAUGCAGAUCGGCUGGAGGCUGAGAUGCAGGAGCUGGCCAUUCAGCUGCACAAGAGGUGUGAAGAGGUGGAGGUGAUGAAGGGCCAGGUGUGCCAGGAGCAGAAGCUGCGUGCGGUGGCCGAGAGCUGUUUGAUGGAGCGGGAUGAGAGCUGGAAUGCCAUCCAGUGCCAGCUCAGAGAGGCUCAGGCCAUCACUAAGGAUGCUGGGGUCUUACUGGAUCAGAUCAAAUCCUGUCAAGCAGAGCUGUCCUCCCGGCUAACUCAAGAGCAAGCAGCUGGCAGAGUGCUGGACACAAAGGUGCAGCUGGGAACCGUGCGGGAAGGAUGGCCACCUUCCUUGAAGUCUCUGAGCUUGCCUGAGCUGUCAGCUGUUCUGGAGAAGUGUGUGGGAGAAAUGGGUAAAGCUCUGCAGACUGUGACUCAAAACCUCCAAAGGCUCCAGGCCCCGGGGCAGGGCGGGCAGAGCUGGCUAGAGCCUUAACAAAGCAGGAUGGAAUUCUGACGUCGGGUGACUGUUCCACCCGGAAGCUGAGUGUGCCUGGGAGAGUGAGCGUGAGCACUGUGCUGGCAGCACCGCAGCUCUGCUGAGAGCUGGCUGAUGUGUGGAAGAAGGUCUCGGCCACCAGAGAACGAGGGACAGCAGAGGACAAGGACUCAGCAGCUGUAUGGGCCUGGCUGUUGUCUAGGUUCCCUGGAACGUGUUGUCCAUACUGGAAGGUUAAGUUAAGAGGACAAGCACUGAGCCCAAAGGGUUUAUCUGCCUUAAGCUCCCCGUAGCCUUUGUCAUUCAGGGCUGCAUGGUGUUAGAAAGCUGACAGCUACCUACAGCAGUCAGCUAUCCUUUUCAGAAUCCCCUCCUGAAGGCCUCCAACACACGUGGAUUGGUAGUUGCUCAGGAGCUGACACAGAAAAUGUAUCUGAGGCAAUAAGGAGGGCAGGCUUGUUGUGGAUGAGUAAAGUGAGCAGAGGGGGUGAUGUUUUUGCAGUGAGCUCCAGAGAAGCUCACGCAGCCCUAGUCUCUAGCUGGAGAAACUUCCCUGCUGCUGUCUCGGAUCUGUACUUCAAAACCUCUCCUAGCCAGCCUGCCUUGGUUCGGUUCAGAUUCUUGCCUGCCUCUGGGGUCACUUUUGAUCAUGUUUUUCACUCCCAAAUAACUGUUUUUUUGUGGUAAAAGCUUUGUGGCAGAGACUCCAGUGGUCAGGUUUGUUGGUGCCAAGAUCCCAACACUGACAGUGGUUGCAAGGCAGAUGUGCCCCUGGAAGGACAUGAGAGGGAAGGAAAAGCUCAAGACUGUUUGGUCUCCUUUGCCUCUGGCAAGCAACAGAGUGCCAAGGCGGGCAGAACAAGAACAGAGGAAUAGAUCUGUCCCCACGCAGGAGGCAGAUUUUAAAAAAAAUAAUAAAUAAAAUCAUAUCCCAGUUGCAGAUGUAGCUGCAGUGCUAAGCUUUAGUCCCCAGCUUUGCCUGCCUUUGGUUUCCAGGCUUCAGUGCUAGGAAAUAAGGCUGCUGAGGCAUUCUUGUGUUGGCACUGGGGGUGUUUUCAAAGGGCAUGGUGCAGGAAGAGGCCCCCUUCCAAGGGGACUGCCCGGUCUCUUGGAGCUGGGCAAACAGCCACAGGGGCUCUGGUGACAGUUACAUCGUAGAAAACAGCUUCCAGCACUGUGCAGCAGCUCUUCAUGCCUAUUGCUGAGUCCAAGGUGGGUGGGAGGUGGGGAGGGAAUACCUGUGGUCUGAGCAUGGCCUUAACGAGUCUGGAGAAGUCCCAUUCUCUUUGCUGAGAAGGGAAAGAAACUGUGUUCCUUCUGAGUUUUGUUUUGUUUUUUUUUUAACCUUCAGCGUUUGUGAUUAAGUGCAAAAAACCAUCCCAGCUCCAUCCUUAGCUAGUUAUCCCCUUCUGAUCAACUGCCCAGCUCUACUUAGGCUUGAAAAUGAGUCUGCCUUUGGUGAAGGUGACAUCCAGCUGGGCUGUCCCAGGGAAUCGUCCCUGGGGCUCUGAGGCAGGUACGUGCACCACUUGGCACACCUGCACUGCUGCAGCCUGUAUGCACCUGGCAGCGUGCUCAGCUGGGGAAUGGUGCUCCUUAUUCAUGUUUAACUCUUGAAAUGAGAAAGCUGCCUGUUGUGUGCCUUGUUUGGGGAAUGACAUGGGUGUAUGCAGGUGUCAAGUGCUGCAGGCAGUAGGACAAGGGCUGCAGGAGCUUUCAUGCUGAAGCACGGUUGUUGUGGCAGAGGCAAUUAUUCUGAGGCAGCAUCCCUGAAAGCUGCUCAGAGUAUUGAGGACAGUGCUAAGAGCAGGAUGUGGGGCCUUGUCCUGCAUUCCCUGUUACAGAACGGGCAGGCUGGAGACUCGCAGUGUAGGUGUGAAGGAAGCCCAACAGAAAAGGUUCUCUGGGAGCCCAGAUGGAAAGGCUCAGAAGGGUGAUAGUGUCCCAAGGUGGACACCAGGGAAGGGGCUUUAUAGAACUGUGUUCCCUUGAGGAAGCAAUCCCUUGAAUGUGUGACUUGACAGUAUUCAGUGCUGAAAGGGUGGCUGUGCAGGCAGCAGGGAGUCUGGUGCUACCCGAAGUCAAGCUGUCCAAAUUAAAUAGCGUUUGUUGACUUGGCUAAAACAAUAAAAACCGAAAACCUGUU